AUGUCGGCAGCCAUCAUACCAUCACCUGCGAUUGCCGCUCUGGCUCCAGCCAUGCAACCAAAGCCAAGUAGUCCUACUGAUACUAACAUGUCCCCGAGCCCCGGCUUCACGGGUUCUCUGACCAGCAAGGAGUGGGUUAUUCCCCCACGGCCAAAACCUGGUCGUAAGCCCGCUACUGAUACUCCGCCUACAAAACGCAAGGCUCAGAACCGCGCUGCACAGCGGGCCUUUCGUGAAAGGCGGGCUGCUCGGGUUGGUGAGCUUGAAGAGCAGAUUAAGAAAAUCGAAGACGAUCAUGAUUCUUUGGAACAAGAACUAAGAGAUCAGAUCGCUCAGCUCACCAAGAAUCUUGAUCUGGCUCAGAGCGACCUGUCAUGGUGGAAAGAUCGCUGCCAUUCAUUAGAGCAGGAGCUAAAUCAGGAGAGGAGUCAGAGAGCCAAUGUUUCAGACACAGUUCCUAUCAAUAUACGUCGUAAGACAAACAAAAGGACCGACACACGUGUCACUGAGCAACACCCAGACUCGGGCAACAAUCAAUCAGACCUUGCUGCAACCGGCUGCGGUAGCUGCUCGACAACUCAUUGUCAAUGCAUCGAGGAUGCUCUUCAAGCGACUAGUUAUAGCGACAAACCGGAUGAGCCUUCGGCGCCUGAGCCAGCCAUAAAAUACGACCCAGAUCAAAUGGAAAUAGAUUUCACUUCGCGCUUUGCGUCUUCACGAACAACAACAACAACAACAACAACAACAACAACCACAGCGCCACCAACGGAGACUAGAAUAACGGUCUCAACUCCUCCAGCGGAGCGGUGCGGAUUCUGUGGAGACGGUACUGCUUGUAUCUGUGCCGAAAUGGCGGAUCAAGAAUCCUCAAGACAUCACGACAACAUUUUUGAGGACAAUCGCUUGGCUCCUAUUCAGAACUAUUCGCAAUUCACACCGCCCCCUUCAGAUAGUGAUGCGCGAGAGGUGACGCUACCGUCUAUCUCGCAGGCUACGAAUCCAUGUGCUAAUGGACCGGGCACCUGCGCACAAUGCAGAGCUGAUCCCCGAAGCACACUCUUCUGCAAGACUCUAGCUGCUUCUCGAGCUGCCAACGGUGGGCCAUCUGGCGGUUGCUGUGGUGGUAAAGGAGUCGAUGGCGGAUGUUGCCAAUCGCGUCCUGCCUCUCGCCUAUCUGUAUCUAGCAAUCCAUCGCCAUUGACGUUGACCUGCGCCGAUGCAUUUACGACCCUCUCACGCCAUCCGAACUUUUCUCAGGCUAGUGAUGAAUUGACGACUUGGCUUCCAAAAUUGCAUACCUUGCCCAAACCACGGGAGCCUUCUUUGACCGAUACUCUAGGGUCGGCGAUAUCUGAACGGCCGGCUAUGGAGGUUGAAGCUGCCAGUGUUAUGGGAGUUUUGCGGUACUUUGACAGACGAUUUGCUUCUAAGCGGUGA